GAAAAAAAAAUAAAAGGAAGUGAGGAAUUGAGGAAGUGGUAGGGCUGCAAACUGGACAGCUCAGUUGCAAAUAUCUGCUGUCCUAUAAGCCUGUUUUUCUCUGAACAGCCUUUACUGCUGUGCCCAAAAUGUCUAAAAAUACAGUGUCCGACCGGUUCAGGAAAGUAGACGUAGAUGAAUACGACGAGAACAAAUUUGUGGACGAGGAAGACGGAGGAGAGAACCAGGGUGGUCCGGACGAGGCAGAAGUCGACGCUCUGCUCAGACAGGGGAACAUGAAUGCUGCUCUCCAUGCUGUGCUGAAGAAUCCUCCAAUCAAUACCAAGAACCAGAAUGCCAAGGAGCGAGCAGAGCUGCUGGUGGUCAAAGUGCUGAGCAGUUUUAAGAGCAGUGACAUAGAGAAAGCUGUUGGAUCACUGGACAGAGCAGGAGUGGACCUGCUAAUGAAAUACAUCUACAGAGGCUUUGAGAAACCUUCUGACAACAGCAGUGCUGUACUGCUGCAGUGGCAUGAAAAGGCUCUGGCAGUGGGAGGGGUGGGCUCCAUAGUCAGAGUUCUGACUGCCAGGAAGACUGUCUGAUAGUCCAGGACCCAACAGAGUCCAUCUGUAAACGGACGUUAGUCAGCGAUCUGGCCAAAUACAAAGUCACCGAAGCUGAUGGCGGAGACAAGUCUCUUCUUUUUCUGCUUUUGGAUAUGAUUCCCAUUUGUUUUUUGUACUGGAACUGAGUGUCUUCCUGAUAUAGUUUUUUCCUCUUUUUUCUGCAUUCACUAUUUUCAAUCACACCCUUGGGAUUUAGAAAUGCUGGCAGUCAGGCAGGGAGGUGCUGGCACCUAUAACUGUCUGUUUGCGCCAGCCAUGCAGAGAGAAGACACAUUUCAGAUGCUAAAGUCAGACACAUUCUGUCCAAAGCAGCUCCUCAUUCCUUUCAAACUGCUUCACACCUGCUCUGAUGCCUCUGCUGGCUCACUGUAACAUCUCUCCAAUUCUUCUCUCCUUCUUUCCUCCUCCUUCCUCUCUGAAGCCUCUGAGUCAUCCAGGUUGAGGAAAUGGAAAAGAUUGUUCUUGGGUGGACUGUCUGGUGACCUGUCUAGGGUGUUUCCUUGUCCUUUCCCCAGUGCAUGCUGGGUUCUUUUUUGCCUAACAUUCUAACUUCUGAACAUCUUUUUUCAUUGACAGUUUUUUUAAUUAGACCAAUUCCACAUUGCUUAUAUUGUUUGUUUUUAUAUCUGAAAUAAAAGAGAAAAAAAAUAUGCACUAAAUCUGAAA